AUGCUCUUGCUUCUCGCACUCGCGUCUACGCGCGCUGCCCGCAACGACUGCACCGACAUAACUUCCUGCCGCACGCUGUCCGACAUCGUCUGGGGCUGUCUGGCGACAAUCUUCCUCCGUAUCUGGGUGUCUGUCCACCCGAAUGUCCCGCCUCCGCUUCCCGAACAGACAAAGAACUUGAAUGCAACCAGGCUCCGAACGGUCCUCGCCAGAAACGGGCAGCUGCUCCACCGCGUCAAGCUUAUGGCUGUUGCGCUUGCUGCCCCAGAAAUCAUGAUCGGGUUCGCUGCGAGGCAAUUCUUGAUGGCGCGGUUUUGUGCUCGAGGUGGUGGAUUGCGUGAUGACAAGAACGACCUGUUGACCAUUACAGAGUAUAGUAUGACCUUAACUAAUGGGUUCUUCUUCAUUAUGGGCGGCUUUUCCCAGCUGUCUGCGCCUGAUGUGCUGAAAGCAAUUGGGGGGAUAAACCAGGCGGACAUCGAGGACAAGAGCAAGGGGGAUAUAUCUUCCAAGGGCAUCGCGCUCUUCCAAGGCCUGUGGUUCAUCGCUCAAUGCAUCGCGCGUGUCCCGCUUACCGAACUCGAAAUCGCAACUUUAGCGUUUGCGACAAUCAACGCGCUUAUAUGGCUGCUCUGGCUGGAGAAACUGCUCGACGCCUACCAUACCCCGCGCUUCCAGCGUUUUGCCGCAGACGCUUACGAUGCCCUCUCCAACACCGCCGUCCCGACCUUCUGGUGCGCUGUAACCAGACGCCCUGAUGGACUCCGACUUCGACUCUCUGCUCUAAAUCAUCGCCGUCGUCGGCCAAUUCAUUUCCGGCGGGUUAUUUCACCUUAUUUGGCGCCAUCCAUUGCGCCGCAUGGAAAUCAGUCUUCCCCUCCGCCGCCGAGCUCUGGCUGUGGCGCAUCUCUGCCCUCGAUGGAAAUGUUCUCCGCCUACGCGGUCGCGCGGACCGUGCUGCUUGCGCUUCCCUUUUCAACAUUGCGUGCCUUACCCGCUGCGGCGUUUCGCGACGUGGACUGGAGUCCAAGUAUUGGCCGUUCUCGCAAAAUAUCGGAGUCAAGUAUUGCGGCAGAUCUAGACCGCCCAGGCAGGGGCUAUUUAGAUGGAUUCCGGGAAGCAUAG